AUGUUGGUAGUGGGAAACCACGACUUCAAAAACCCCAGCCGUCACACACAAGGAAGGAUAUGUCACUCGAGCCAGUCCACUGAUUAUCACAUCAGGAUAGGACCUCGGCUAAUCGACUUGAGGCGCCGACGCCGCUCAAGCGGUACAAAGGCGUAGGAAGAAAAAUAAAGAUUACAUACUAAUAUAAGUUUUAGAGAAAUAUUGUCCCUAGGUAGAUAGACCAGUAAAUUUUUUUCAAGGUCUUCGGUUGGUGCCUGAACUGAAUUUCGAAAGCGAGUUUUGCCCAAGUAAGAACCCUUUUGAAUAAAAAGUAUUAGACAAAUCUUUAAAUUAAAAAAAAACUUCACAACUCCUUUCUUUUAGUGAACGAGAACCUCACAGGUUGGUUUUUUGUAGGAAAUUAGAGCUAAUCUAGAUCUUCGGCAGCUCGACUCUUGAAAAUUUUUUGUUUUUGUGCAGUUUGAGUUUUCAAAUUUCUUUAUCCACUAAAUCAGAGUGUUUUGGUUUGGCCAAUUUUCACAAAAACCUCCAGAAGAUGUUGAAAAUACCUUUUUUGUCAUGGUUUUUUUUUCAAAAAAUUUCAAGUUCGAAACCCAAAUAGUCGAAUAAUCAAGAGUUAUUUUUCCAACUUCCAGAGCAAAAUUUUCUUCAUAAAGUUAGUCUCAUUCAGAGUUAUGGAAAUACUUGUUCGAACGAAGGCACUUCGAUGCCAAUAUUGUCGCUGAAGCACUUUCAGAUGGGUGCUUUCCGAAGAAGUAAAGAAAGACAUCGAACAGCCGUAAUCCUUUGAGAAAUUGCCAGGAGCUUCGAGGUGGCAAAAGCUGUCAGGAAUUUUUGAGUUUAUUCUGGGAAUCUGGAAAAAUCUACAGGUUUUUCUGCAGCGUAGCAUGAGAACUUGGGAGAGUUUUUUUUUUUCAGGGCUGAAUCUUUUUUUUUUCAAUUAAGUUCUCAUGGUAGAAAGUUGAAGUAAUUCUGAAAGAUAAUACAACUCACAAUAUUUUUAGUUUCAGAAAAAAAUUAAGAAGCGAGUUCUGCUCUCAAAACCACCGCAAAAAAAUGUUCUAUUUCCAAAAAAAUAAUUAAUAAAAAGUAAGAGUUUUGCUUCUCAAACUUUGCUUCUUUCUCUGUAGCUCAUGUUAUGUUAUGUAUAAGAGUGAAAUAAAUAUUAAAAUAUUCAAGAAUUAAAAAGCUCCUUUUUUUCGAAUGCACCUGCCUUGUCCUCUUCGAAAUCGAGAUUUUGGGACAAAAAACGGAGUUCCACUUUAUUUUUGACGCCAAAUGCCAUUCUUCCGAAUUUUUCCCAAAAUUCUUCUCACAUUGCAGUUGACAUAUUUUUUCAUUUCGCAGGGAUAUGAAAUUGCAAUAUUCUUCGCCGAGGCCCACUUCAUUUUUAUUUCCAGAACAAAUACUGACUACUGCCCUCUCGUUGGCCUAAAAAAAAGCACUAUAGAUCUGAAUUUUGAUCAAAUAUGCACGAAGGCUCCCCUUAAUUCGUACUCUCUCUGAAUACUUAAUGGUCGAGUUAGCGACUCGAGCAAUUUUUUUUAGUCUUUCCCUUUUAGAGUUGCCUUUUUGCUUCUUUUUGAGACUUCCCUUCUCUCAGAAAAAAACGAAAAUUCUAAAAUAGGAAAGAAAUGUGAACUUCAUGAAAGAAAGAAGUCCUACUCGGAAAAAUGGAAAUCUUAUUAUUCCCCAUAUUAUGAAUAUUUUUUUUUCCUUCUAAGUUGUUGAACAGUAGAUACUCUCUAGGGCCAAUGUAGGCUAUCGUGAAUCACGAAGACAUCGUGGCCGCGUGGCCUAAUGGAUAAGGCACCAGACUUCGGAUCUGGGGAUUGUAGGUUCGAGUCCUGCCGUGGUCGAAAAUCUUUUGCCCUUUUUUAAUCAAGCUUCAAAAUAUACUUCCGAUUAAUUUUUCCUCGAAGAAAAAAAACAUUCCAUCGGAAAAUUGAACUGCCAUAAGGCUGUGAAAUCUUUUCAUUCUUAACUUUUUUUUUCUCAUUUGAUUUUUUUCAACUUCUUGAUACAGUACUAUAAAAAAGGUCUCAAUCGUAGUGAAUUGACGAAGCUGGCAGAGAUCCAAGCGGCCGGUGUCCCACGGCUAAAAUGUCGAGGAGAGAAAGAUAGAGAGAAGGAACGAGGGAGAGAGAGAUCAAUACGGCUGAGAGCUCCUAUUUGAACCCCUCAACAACAGCGUGGAUCCUCCCACUUUUGGCUCGAGGGCUACUUCUUUUCUCUCUUUUCCUCAGUCCACAAAACGGCUUUUUGGUUCGUUUUUAGUGUUUCCAAUGAACUUCAAUUACCUCUUUUUGUUGGCCAGUUUGCAACAUUCUUCUCUUCAAAUACCUUUUUCUUUCUUUUUUCGUUCUUCUUCUUACUUCCCGCACGUGGCGCUUCCAAAAAAGAGAUACUAUGUGACAGAAAUCUGUAACUUUACGCUUCGGUGAAAUGUUGCAAGAGUUUUAAUAUUUUUAUAUUUCUUCUGACCAUUUCCCUUGUUUUGGCGCAAUCCUUCUGUUGUGUUUUGAAAUUUUUUUGUACUAUCACGUGAAUUCAACAAAAAGCUGUAAUUCAAAUAUUCUUUGAAUAUCCCAAAAUCCAACAUUUUUUUGUAUAAAAAGAAUCUAUUUCAUUCUGAGCGCGCGUAAAUUGUGUAAAUUUUUCACAUUAACUUCUCACCCUUCUUACUGUUAUAACGCAUUGAAUUGUGUCCUCUUUACAUUUUAUUCACGCUAAUACAUAUUAUAAGAUUAGGACAUACAUGAUGUGAAAGAAACAUUUCUACAUAUAGUUUUUUCAAAUUCCCGUUUUCAUUUUUUUUUUUUAUAUUUAAAAUUGCGUUUUCUUUCCUUAAUUUUUCUUUUUCUUUUUGGUUUUCAUUUUCUCACUCUCAAAGAAUUGAUAAAUUAAUUUGUAAUGAAAUAAAAUGCAAAACGCGACGCAAUAUGAUAAGCUAAAAAUGAGAAAAAUGCGAGGGUGGAGAAACAGAUGUCCGCUCGAAACAUAAACGCAUCCUGUUUCGCAGUCACUUCCGCUGAUUGAGAGGUUCAAAGCUCUCCGUCGCUUCAAUAAAUUCCAACUAAAAAGCAUUUUCUCUUUUGUUUUUGAGCGAAUAGAAUUAAUUUUCGGAUUCUUAGAUUGUUUUGAAGGAAGCUGAGCGUAAGUGAAAAGAGGGGGAUAAAAAAUAAAAGCUUCACAUAUUUUCAGUCUUGUGAAUACUACCUGGAAUAUAAAUUUUCGGCUUCGAAUCUGACAACGUCGUGAGUCGGUGAUUUACGCGCAACAGAUGUAAGCGUCGUCUUUUUUCCUCUCAUCUUGGAUGGGCUGUUGACGAUCGUAAAACAGAUGGACCCGAAUUCGUCUGUGUUUAUCCAUCUCUUUCUACGACGCUCAUUAUUUUCAUUGAGCUAUUUUCUCCUUUUUUCUUUUGUUUUCUUGGAUUUUUCGCUCAUUUUUUCACGUUUUUUUUUGCAACUUUUCGCUCUUGAAUUGGUUUUUUUCAGCUGCCAGGCUGGAUCGCGGCGGCUGGUUCGGCGGCGGCGGCUUGGGCCACCGAGACUUGGGCCAAAAUGUUCCUGGUCCUUCGAACUAUCCGGUGAUCACCGGAUCUUCGGCCCCCGAACCGGCUCCUUCGGCUCUCGGCUAUGGCUCGGCAUUCAGACAUCCCAUCGGCUAUGGUUCUGCGGCUGGUGGCACUGCCGCUCGUCGACUUCAGAGGUUUUUUUAAAAACCUUUUCUGAAUUAUUUUUUUUUCAAGACUUUUUUUUUCACUUUUAUCGUUUUUUUUACCUUCACAGUUCGAAAUUCCAUGUUUUGUUUGUUUUUCGAUAAAUUUCAUUGAUUGCAGACAACACCGGUCGAUGGACGGCCUGGGACUGAUGGAGGGCUUCGAGGAGAGCGCCUACGGAGGACUGAGUCCGUUCUCAGGACCUCAGGCCUCGACGUCACAGGCCUUCUCGGUGCCGUUGGCCGUCUCCACGCAGAUGACGUCACACAACGACUACCGAGCUCCGCUGUCAAACCCCGUUCCUUCCCAACAUAACUUCUGGAAUUCUCAGGGGUCCGUUUCCCUUUUUAGAGUCCUUAACCUCAUUUUCAAAAAAAAAAACUUAAUACUGUUCGAAUCGAAAUUUGUGGGUUUUUCACGAAAACGAAUUUAGAAUUUAAAAAAAAUUUAGAUGUCUCUCCGGUAAUUUUUUUAAAGUUAAUAGAUAAGGAAGGUUGAGGUCGGAAAAAAAUUUGGUUGAAGCGCUUGAAAUAAGAAAAAGAAAGUAGCAAGAAGGUUUUUAAAAUAGUAUGAAUCAAAUAAAUAUAGAAUCUAUGCUCAGGGUAUUUAUUAUAAUCGGUCAAAUCAAAUUUUUCAAAAACUUUUUUUCGAUUCAUAACGUUGAUUUUAAAAAUCAAUUUCAAUUUUUUUGAGUUUCAACUCGAACAUUUUUUUUCAACAGUCAAGAUGUUGAAAUAGUUGAACCGUUGAAAAUCAACUGUUGAGAAUUUUUGAAACGAGGUCACCUGUUUAAAAAAAAAGAUUGAACCAACGUUCGGUUGAGCGGUUGAAAUUAACGACCAAAGUACUCAUCUUUCUCUUUAGUAAUAACUUUUUGACGAGAACGAUUUCGAGGGUCCACCUCUCAAUGACAGUCUCACUGACUCUUGACAUUAAGGGAAAAACAUGACCACAAUAGCUGGCAAAGGCGAGAAUGUUUGCUUUCCAUCACAUUCUUCCCUUCGUCUUUCCUCCCUCUCGUCCUUCGAUCCGACUCCGAUUCCUCAUAUUCAUGUUUACUUAACAUCUGCAUUACAAAAUUAAUCUUUCUAUAACAUUGGACUUUUUUUCAGUUCAAUCUGAUGAUCUGUUGAAGUCUGAUCUGAGAGAAUAUUUUACUCUCAACCCCAGAAUUUGGUGUAAACACCCCUUCUUGUAGUUGAUCUCUGAAAGCUCUACCUGUAAAUUUUUGAAAAUCAAAGACUUGAAGAUUAAUUUUAUGGAUGCUGUGCGGAACUCAAAAGUUAGAGCUUUUUUUUUCGAAAACUGGAUGUUAUGAAGCUUGAGACUCCGAUUUUUUUUAUUAUCUAUGCUUUCUAGAAAACUUUCAAAAUUUUUGGAUGCUUCCAGUAAGACUAAUAGACCGAGAGUUCGAAUAUGAGCCGAUUUUGUUAGAGAGAAAACAAUUUUUUCGAAAAGGUACGAAAUUUCGCAGGUUCUCAUAUUUUAUAUAACAGUGAUUUUGAAACGCCAGAUUUAUUUAUAAUAUUUUUCAAUCCGGAAGGUUAUUUUUAUCGUAAGGAAUGACUAGGAGCGGACGCGAAGCGGUUAAUUGAACCGACACUAGAAAUUCAGAAAUUCAACCAUGAAAAAAAAAUCAGGAGCAACAGGAUGUCUGAUUGAGCAAAAAGCAGCGCAACCACGACGUUUAUGACGAUUUCAUGUCAUAUUCCAUUUUUUUUUUUCAGUCGAAUAUGGUAUUUAAGAAUAUGGUAAAACUCUAGCGUUUGAACAUGUUCUUCUUUGCAUAACUAUGGUCUUGUAGAAACAUCUGAACGUAACAUUUAGGGGAAAAGAACCAGUUUUGGGCGCCACCGAUAGUUUCACAAAGACUAACGGUAAACGGCGGUUUUGGACCUUUUAAAAUGGCCGCCUUUUUGCAGCCAUUCUUCGACCGUUUUGUUAUAAAUUACCUCGUCUUUUCAGGUCUUCUAGUCCUUUAAAUAGAAACAAUGUAGUGUUUUAUUCAAAAAAAAAUGAGCGGAAACUGUUUUUUGUUUGUUUGAUGAGUGAGGCUGUCGAAGGAAUUUCUGCCGAACAACAGCGUCGUUGCAUUCCAAAGAUGGCCUUGUUCUUUUUUUCGAACGUUUUUUCACAUUUUCGAAAGGAUUGAGAGAUUUUCAAGGUUCUAAACCUUAAUAUUUCACACAUUCUAGCCUGAUGACCGGAAGACGGACAAGAUUAGACCACAGGGUUUUCCGCCAAAUUUAAUUUUGCGCCAGUCCAUGGCGUUUUGUUUUUCGCCCACAACUGGACCUUGACUACUCUCUUUUUGCUUGUGUCGAUUGAUUUUCUGCUCAGUUAUUCCCAGAAAAAGAUCACGUUAACUUAUUUAUCAGUAGAUAAGCUCAAUGAAAAUUGUAGUUUGAACUCAAUUUUAAACGGAAGCUAUUAUCUUUGUAACAAGCUUUGGGUGUCCUUGAGAAAAUCCAAAUUUUUACCUUUCAACCGAUUUUUUUUUACCGUAUUCAAGUAAUGUAAAUCUUCAAACUUUAAAGGCUGUCCUCAUAAAAAAAAGUCUUCUUGGCGAAUUAAUAAGUUGAAUGCAUUGAGUCAACUUUCAACUGAGUCUAUAUGCUUGCGAGCAUUUUGUAGCCGUGAAAAAUCUCGGCUUUUUCGGGUCAAAACCUAAUUAAAAAUCUCAAACGGCCUCAGUUCACCUAACCGAGUAGCGUAAUGAAAGAAAAAGAGUGGACAAAUCGUUUGGAGCCAUUAAUGUCGAUUUUCUCGCCUGCACGUCUUUCCUUUUCCCAUUUAUUCCAAAUUUGGCUCUUCUUCUUUUUUCUUUUUGUCAUUCUUUUGAUCUCAAGAACAACUUAUUCAAAAAUAUAAGAGAAUUUCUACGAGCUUCGCUCCUAAAUCACCCGAAAAGUUGAUCACUGAUGAAAUUGAUAAGAGUGUUUGGUAGCAGAUAUUUUUUUAGGUCACUCAUCAAUCUUUCCCAAUAUUUUUGCGAUAUUAUCAUAAAGACUUGUCAUUUCAUUGUCCCUUGAAGGAGUUUUUAAGUUAAAUGAUGAAUUCAUGUUUUUGCAUUUUUUUCUUAUCAAAAUGACUUCUUCGGUCAAUUUUUUUGUAUCGUUUCGAAUAAUUUUUACGACUACUAAAAAAAUUCUUAUGAAAUUUUCAAAUGAAAACUGUUUUUAAAAUUAUAUAUUUUUUUAAAGAAAUACAUGGAAGAAACCGAGUUUGCCGCUCAGAAAUCUUUUGGAAGCUUUUUCCUUCUUUUUCUUUUUCUCUUUUUUUCUACAAAAAAAUGAGUAAGCGAAGGAAUUCCCAUGAGUCACACGUUUUUCAUGGCCUCGGGCUUCCUUGUUUUAGAUUUUCCGUUGCGUAAUAUUUUUCUUCCUGUAAACGAAAGCGACUCUUUGGUACCUUUAUUGGGAUAACUAAAUUUUUUAACCCCUUAGCUUUUUUUAUCUGGUGGAUAUAAUAUAACCCUCCUUCUUUUGAAAUACGUAUUUUUCAGAAUGUGAUAAAUUUUUAUUUCAGAAUGCUUGGCGCAAAUCAAUAUGAGCCGACUUCGACGAGUCGGUUACCUUCUGGGAUGUCUAUCGCUGCAGAAUUCGAUCAGCUCAAGGUUCUAAAUUUUAAAUCGUCAUCUUUGUCUUAUUUGAACUUGUUUCAGAUGGACUAUUCAGCCGCGAUCGAAAAGCUCAACCAAACGAUGAACAGCAUCAAAACUUUCUGGAGUCCAGAACUAAAGGUUUUUUUAUAAUAAAUUGAGGACACCACUUUUUUUGUGUUUUAAGAGAAUCAUAUUAAAAACAAAACAAAUUUCCACAUUUGUUAAUAACUUGAACCAUUUUAAAAACUUCAUUUUUCUUUUCAAUGAAUUAUAAUAUUUCAUCUGAUAGUUUAAGAUUUUUUAGGUUGGUGAUUUCUUUAGGUGUUUUGCUGUCAUUUAAGAGAGCAAGAUGAUUGUUUAUGAAAUGUUUUAAAAGUUCAGUUAGUGAGACAAUUGCGGUUUCGUGUUUCUCCUCGGAGAUAUAAGUAUUCUUGGUUUGUUUUUUCUGUUGCGUAGAAACUUUCUAUGUAUUGAUCACUUGAUAGGCUUGUUCUAUGAGUACUAUUCAUAUGUGGCUGCUCGAUUUUGUGAGCCAGUUUAUUGAAAUUUGUUUCAAUUCCUGUUGGAAAGCUUCUUGAAUUAAUUCAAAGUUUUUUCACUAUUUUCUAGAUAAUUUUCUGAAAAAUCUUUCAAUUUUCAUAGAAGGUUAUGACUUUUGUUUCCAGAGAGAGCGACAGAUGAGAAGAGAAGAAGCUUCACGGAUAGCGCAGCUCGAAAGGAUGCUCACGACUGGCGGCGGCGGCGGCUCUUCUGCCGAUAUAGGUUCGCCGUUCAUGUAGUUUGGAUCAAUUAGCUUAUAAUUGAAGAGAGAAAAACUGAAUAAGGUUUUUGAAAAGUUGAAAAAAAUGUUUAGAUUUAUGAGCUAGAAAUUGGGGUUUCCUUUCUCUGAAAAGAAAGGAAAAUAAUCUUUUUGAGAAUAAAAAAAUCUGGAAACGUUGAGAAGAUAGAAAAGUUUUAUAGAGUCAUCAUGUGGAGGUAUGAACUUUGUUUUCUAUGAAUGACACCAAAACCUAAAAUCUCGCGAUUCCGCCAUUUUUAAGCAAAAAAACCCAAGGCUUGUAUGCAGCUGUUUGGAAUUGAAAAAAAGUUUAUAAAAAAAUAGUUUUUUUAUCAAAAAUAUCCACGGAAGAUAAACAAAGUAUAGAAAUAAUCUAUUGAGUCUUAGCAGUUUCACAAAUUCCUAUAUCAAACUUCAUAGGUUAUAAUUUGAAUCAAACUUCGAAAAUUAAGCUUUCUUAAAAUGAAGCCUCUUUUGAAAAAAAAAACAUACAUUGAAACACGUAGCUCCUUCUUUUUCUCUUCAGCGCAACUGCGAUUGGAGUUGGCGGCGCGGGACGAGCGUAUCCGGCAGUUGACGUCGACGUUAGACGACGCCAGGAGUGGAAACCCGUCGGCCGCCUUCUCGGACUCGCGAAUCCGUGAGCUGGAGGAGACCAUCAGAAGACUGCAGAACAUCCUCGCCAACAAGGAGCUCAUGGGCUCCAAUCCUAACGUUCCUUUCAUUUUCGGAACAUUUUUUUUAUUCUUUUUUUUUAGGAUCCCAACAGCCGAUAUGCCAUCGAAAACGCACUGCGCAGAGUUGAUGAAAAGGUUCGCGAAAUGUCUCUUGAAGUGCCAUUUCUGUUUCAUUCCAGCAGUCGAGGAUAGUCGAGCUCGAAGAUGAACUGAUGCGCGUGAGACUCGCGAGAAGCAACCAGCCCCGGGAUUUCACGGACAAGAACCUUUCCGGACACGAAAUGGUAACUUUUUUGUUGAUUUUCAUAAGUUUUGGAAAGAUUUUCCAACGAUUUUUCUCCUCAACUUGCUCAAAUUAUAUUUCAUUUCGCUCUACAGUUUUCCAUGUCAUGUUCAGGUUUUUUAUUUAGAAGCUAGUAGUGGAAUGGUUAAGACCUUGAAGCCUUAAAAACCUUUUUUCCUGUAACUUUUUUUCAUCUGAUAACAGCAACAAGAAAUAAAGUUUUUGGUCGGUCUAAAGAAAAAUUUUAUGUUUUUGAUGUUCACAACGAUUAUUUUUUUUGAGGAGAGCUUUCAGAAUGGCCUAUUUAGAUACAUAGUACUAGUAGAAUUUGAUAAAAUAAGGAUUUUGCUUAUACAUGACGAUUUCAAUCUUAGGUGACGAUGAGAAUGAAGCUGGAAAGGAGCGAAGUGGAGCUGGCGGAGCGGAAAGCCGAGCUGUCGGCUUGCCAGACGCGGAUGCACACGGCGGAAGAAGGCACGGCGGAUAUGCGAGCCCAUCUUCAGCUCCUCAAGGACCAGCUCACCAACCGCGAGCAACACAACACUCUUCUGCAGGGCGACGUGGGUUCUUUUCUCUUAGUGUACAUUAAAAUAUAAAAUCUUCGUUUUAGUCAAAGGUGUAACCGACUCACCUGUUCACGAGAAUUUUUGAAGUCAUAUCAAAAAACCGUUUAUGGUGAGCUUGAAGUCGAAACCUGUAGUUGAUGAAGGUGAAAGCAUGGUCUUCCGGAACUUCGCCUUGUUCUUUUGUGCGUGGAAUACACCAGGUUUUGACACUGAAGCCCUGAAACCGUGAACUAGAUGAAAGUCUCAAAAUGAGAGCGACCCCAGAAGAGUAAAGUCUUUAAACGUACAUCUUCUCCAGGUCCCUUCAAGAAGACGUUCAGGUUGACGCUCUCAGACUGAAGUUGGACAGUAAGAAUAAGCAACUCGAGCAGAAGGAAGAGAGGAUCCUUGCGUUGGAAAAAGAAGUCGCUUCACUUCGAGCCGACAUCUCCGACAAGACUGAAGCCGUUAGUUAAACUGGACUUCUAUAAAUACAAGACAAUAUUUAAAGGCUCGCCAGUCGGAAAAUAGAAUCUCGCAAAUGAUGGGUCGGAUCGAUGGAUUGGAGACUAACUUGAGAGAGAAAGAGCAAGAACUUGAUAAGGCCAAAGUGAAUAAUAAUCCUCAAACAUUUUCAAAAGGAAGAGUUCAGAUAAAACUACUCAGCCAUCCAGACAUCAUCAAGGAGAAGGAGUUGACUGAACGAAUUGAGCAAGGUGCGACUUUUGUUCAUUUCAUGCGUGAUCAGGAAAUUUAAGGCGAACGGGAACGAGUCCGGCUUCAAGAACAUAUCGAUCAAUUGAGACGAAACGCCGAGAAGGAAAGAUUGGAGCAGCAGCAGACCUAUCAGAACGAGGUUUUUGGAUUUUUCGAAUUCAUGAAUAUAAUUAGCAUUACUGUUUCUGAAUUUUUUUAAUUUUUUUACGGAAUAGUAUUUAUUUCAAUUGCGCCAAAAAAAAGAUUCAACUUGCAUGUUUUGUUUCUGCCAGGAAAAAAACAAAAAAAUGGGAAAUUUACUUUUUUUUUUCAAGUUUCAAACUGAUUUACAGAUCUCAGUCUAGAAAUGAGCGAAAAUUUUUUGAGAAGAAAAAUACCUAUUAAUUUGCACCUUUUUCGCAUUUUUAUUAAUUUUGAACUUUUUCAUUACUCUCAGUCAGGAACACACCAUAAAACCUCACAUGAAAUGACAAAAUUAGAGUGUCACAUUGUAUCGAAAUUCUUUAAACGCUUCUGCGACGUUUUCGGCAACUCUAUGUGCGGAAACGGAGUCACAAGUCGAACUGAAAGAAAUGAAAAUUAUCUUAUUCCAAAAAGAAAAAAUAUUUCAGUUACGCCAACUUCGAGCCAACAACGAAAAUCUUCAAAAAGAACUGUCUGAUCGAGAUGUCCUGUUGGAGUCGCAAAAUGAAAAGGUCCGACUUUUUUUUUUCUUAUUUCGAACCGAUGGCUCGGAAAAACUCUCAAUCGAAAACUCAUAAUACUAAACAUUUCAAAAAUUCCCCGAAAACUUCCAUGAAUAUAUGCGUUUUCAGAUAGGCGAUAUGGGCAGAGAUGUCAACGCGGCCAAGAUGAAGCUGGAAGAAGCCAUGGUGGACAAAGGCGCCGACGAAUUGAGACGAGAGGUCGUGCUCGUCGAUGAAAUCGUCCUGAAACUCUAAGUUGCAGGUGGAAGGAGCACGAGGCGAGGUGGAGAAGCUGCUCAAAAUGGUCAAGCAGCUCGAGAAGGAGAACGCGGCGCUGAGCAGCCAGUGCAAACAACUCGCUGGGGCCGCCGCCGAGAAACGCGACGUCGACGGGAAUACUCUGGACCGAAACGCGAAGAUGACCGCCGGCGGUGGACAGCACGUUUCUCAGGCCAACCUGAGGAAAAGGUAAGGAAAAAAAAAAGGAAAUUCAGUAAAUACGUCUUGGAAAAAGUAAAUCGGGGGAAUCUCUUGAAAAGCUGGAAAUUGGGUGAAAGAAAAGGCUUUAGAGCUUAUAUAGCAAGACAAAUUCUGAUUUUUCUGAUGUUUUUGCAGAAUCGAAGAGUUGGAAGAAGCGCUCCAAGAAUCAGUCACCAUAACAGCCGAGCGAGAAAUACAUUUAGCACAGCAAAAACAACACUUCCAACAAGUUAAUCAACAGGUUUCCCUUGAAGACAUUCAGAACACAAAAGGAAGAUUUGCAGUUGUCCGAGGCCAGACGCGAAAUCGUGGAGUUGCGGCAACGAAACUCUACCGUUUCUACAGGAGACGUCGCCGAACGGGAGCAAAUGAUGAGAGCCAUCGAAGCGGAACGACGGCAACACUUGGAACAACUCCUUCAGCUCAAGUAUAGCACCAGAAUUGGAAAGAAAUACUUUGACUUUCCAUUUUGAAGGCAAGAGGCUUUGCUAGCAGCGAUCGGCGAGAAAGACGCCCAUCUGGCGCUUCUGGAGAAGGCCCGCGGUCCGAGGGACGAAAUCGAGACGAUCCGCCGUCACAAGGACGCCUUGAUGCGAAAGUUGAAGCAGGAGAAUGAGAGGUAGGUAUAUGAGGGAAGAAAGGAAAAAAGGAAAAUCAAGAAAAAAAUUACCGAUUUUCGAAAAAUUGAAGAAACUAUUCCAAAAUUACUUUUUCGAGGUUCGCAGAAAUGGUACUAUGAAAUUGGAAAUGCCAUAGUAGAUUUGAAAACAAAAUAGGUAUACACAUCCUUAUGAUGAAUAAGAGCCUUAAGGAGUCUUCGAUUAGAUUUUUGCAAAGCUUCUUCGAAUAUUUUUCUCGUAUGAGGGCUUUUUUUGAAGUUCAGUAAGCCCCAUAGUAUAAAGUUGGCUUUUUUUAUUCGUUAUAAAGAGUUUUUUGGCCUCCAUUUUAGCCUACAUUUUUAAAACAACUUUGAAGUGUUCGAAGUUUCAGACGAGCCCUAGUAGUACGACCCGAAAGUGCUGCUUCAAUGGUUCAACCUGGUGCCAGCGUGAUUCCUGGAGCCCCGCUGCCUCUUCUUCCGCCCUCGGGAAUCCUUCCGCCGCAGAAUGUUCCUGACGUCGACGAGAACGACGGCAUCUGGGCCUGA